AUGGAGAUGCUAAAUGAUGCUUUUGGUAUAUUAGAGGAUGGUGUAGGUUUGGGUAGGAGAGAUUCAACAAUGACUAACAUUGAUGGUUCUCUUGAAGAAGAUAAUAUAAAGGAGUCCCAUCCAAUCAUGGAAAAUUUUAAGAAGCUAAUAGAUGAUGCUAACAUGGAACUGUAUCCAAGGUGUAAACACUUUAAUAAGCUUUCUUUCAUAUUACACUUGUAUAAUUUAAAGUGUCGUUAUGGAUUACCUAAUGAGUUUAUGGGCGACCUGAUUAAGUUAUUGAAGCUUGCCUUUCCAGAAGAUAAGUCUGAUGAUGUGUGCUCAGUCUAUGGGGCUUCUUGUUGGAAAUCUUGUGAAAAUGACUCAAAUAAUGAUGCCUCAAACAAAAAUAUAAGAAAAAAGAAAAAUGUUCCAGCGAAGGUGUCAAGGCAUUUUCCUUUAAAGCAUAGGCUUCAAAGAUUGUUCAUGUCAUCCAAAACAUCAGAUUUGGUAAGAUGGCAUGAUAAAGAUCGUGUAAAGGAUGGUGUCUUAAGGCAUUCGACUGAUUCAGAUGCAUGGAAACAUUUUGAUUCUCUAUAUCCUGAAUUCGCUAAUGAUCCUUGUUGGAAUAUAUCUAGUUGUUUUGCAUGUCCUUCUUGUAAUGUUGACACAUGCUCUAAGCAACUAAAGAAAGGUAAAAUUUUUGGCUUCAUGGGUUAUCGACGCUUCUUGAAUAUCUGUCAUAGUGACUCAAAGUCCUUUGAUGGAACUAGAGAAUUCAGGGCUGCCCCUAAAGUACCUAGUGGUCUAGAAGUUUUGGAGCAGUUCAAAGAUAUCAGGGUUGCUUAUGGGAAGAAUAACAAGGAGGUUAGUGGGGUAAGAGAAAAGACAUGGAAAAAACGAAGUAUAUUCUUUGAGUUGCCUUAUUGGAAAUUUAAUCUACUUCGGCAUAAUUUUGAUGUAAUGCAUGUAGAAAAGAAUGUUUGCGAUAAUGUGGUUAACACAUUGUUAAAUGUGGAUAAAAAGUCUAAGGAUGGAUUGAGUGCACAUGAGAAAAAGUUAUUUUAUGAGGUUUUGGAGAAUGUAAAAUUUCUGGAUGGUUAUGCAUCAAAUAUAUCAAGACCGUGA